AUAAAUCCGGGAUAUGUGAAAUUUAAUGGUCCGUGCUUUGACUUCCGUGUAUCGUAACUACUAGGAAGAGGUCCCGGUCACGGCAAGGCAAAUUUAGUGGCCUUAAACAACCUUACAUUUGUAGCGAACAUAAAGACCAAGUCAAUGUACAACAGCGGCUGUAUGUGAUACGUGACAACUGACAAUGCAUCGUUCAUCAGCGGCAGCCUGGCUGCUGGUCUUAGUGAUCUGCUCACGGCAGUCAACGACAGAAAGCAAGAACAUCUUGAUCGUAGAUUCAAUUGUCGGAGGAAGCCACUUCCAGCUACUUAGUCUUUUAGGUAAUGAACUCGUUAAGCGGGGCCACAAUGUAACGUUUCGGAUUGCUGAGUGUGUGUGGCACAUAAGGGACAGGGCCAAUCUGGAUGCAGCUAUCAACUGUCAACCGUUCCGCUGCAAUGCUCCUGAGGAACUUGUGGCAAAAAUGUUGGACUUCUUCUCCCGAAAGACUCUUUCAGGGGAGAUGUCUUCCAUCGUCUGGUUUGCCAAGCUGUGGCUGGGACUCCUGGACGAUCCAGAGGCGAAGGAGUUGAUGAACACUAUGCAGGAUUUUAACGAGGUCUUACUCGGAGAUGGGGAUUUCCACGCCUCGCUGAUAGCAGCGAAUUACGACCUCGCGAUAUGCGACCUGAUGCUGCCGGCGUGUUCCGUCAUAGCGCACGAUGUUCUCGAUAUCCCGUACGUGAACGUUGCCAAUGGCGGGCCUCUGGGCACGCGAUACAGCCGUUGGAUUGACACGCCUUCCCCUCUCAGUUAUGUCCCGGAGUACCUCACGCACUACACCGAUUCCAUGACGUUUCCGCAGCGCAUCAAGAACUCCCUGGCGCACGCCUUCUCUGUUUUCAUCUACGAUUUCAGCAGCACCUCCGGGCUAGAAGCUGUCAGAGAGAAGUUGGGACUUCGGAGAGGGACGUCGAUGAUGGAGAUUUGGAGAAAAUCUUCCCUCUUUAUCUUCAACUGGGACUUCGUUUUGGAGUAUCCUCGCCCCACGCAGCCCAACGUGAUCAUGGCAGGUGGGGUGUCCGUGCGACCCCCGCAACCGUUAUCUCCGGAUUUCGAAGAGUUUGUCCAAGGUUCUGGCGACCGCGGUGUCUUGGUCUUUUCCGUCAGCACGCUGACGAAUAUCAUGGAUGACGCCAUGGCUGACAUGAUCGCCGCGGCCCUGGCCAGGCUGCCGCUCCGCGUCGUCUGGAAGUUCGUCGGGGACCGGCGACCGGCCACGCUGGGCAACAACACGCUGCUGGCCAGCUGGCUGCCACAGGGAGAUCUGUUAGGGCAUAAUAAAACCAAGCUGUUUAUAUUCCACGGCGGAAUCAACGGUGCGUAUGAAUCGAUAUACCACGGGGUACCAGUGGUCGGGAUACCACUCUUUGCUGACCAGAUCGACAAUCUUCUGCGGCUGCGCAGCCUCGGUAUGGCAGAGUACGUGGAGGGCGGAAUACGUGAGGUUACCAGCGACACACUGUACCAGCUUAUCAUGAAAGUGGCCUCUAAUCCGAGCUAUAAACAACACGCGGUGGAGGCAUCGGGGAAGUUCAAGGCACAGCCGCAACAACCUCUGAAACAAGCCGUUUUCUGGAUCGACCACGUCUUGCAUUACGGCGCGGAUCACCUGAGGUCAAAGGUCGGCGAACUGUCCUGGAUACAGUACCACAUGUUGGACGUAGCGGGCGUCCUAGCGGCAUUCUCUAUACUGUUGAUUUGGAGCUUGCGUUACUGUUUCUCCGCAUUGUGCUGCCGUGCCAAAGUUGCAUGAUAUAGCCACAGUUUUCACUCGCGUACUUUUUAAAUUUGCAACUUUUCAAACUGCAUGGCAUAUUUCAAAAACCGUCGUCAAUGUUGGACGAUUUACAGUCUUUUGUAGCAAAUGGGGUAUCAACAUGUAGCUAACAACAUUUCCCAAAGGUCCAUAUAAAUAACGUUAUCAUAAGACGAAAUUAUGACCCCUCCAAUGAGUGUGGACUUUUUUUUGCUGUGUUUAUUACACAUCAAACUAUUUGCACUUGUAAAUUUUACAUUACACCUACAUUUACAUUAUUAUUAUCAAGCAUUUGCAAUUUAUGUAAAAAUGGUUCAUAUAAAUAUCAAAGUAAACCUGGUCCACUUCUCACGUGUCUCAUGUUUAUUUUAGUUUGACAUGAGUUGUUAGAUUAUUGCUUGCCGAAUCUUAGCAUUGGCAGAACGCGCAGUCGCACUCACCGUAUACAGCUAGGCCUACCUAUAGCUCUUCAAAAGCAUUGACACCAUACCCUUGCUUGCCAUACAGGGAGAAAGUCCUGCGAUUAGGUCAAGUAUAAAUUUCAUGUUAUUUUCCUAAUCCAAUAAAAUGCUUGCCUAAGCAUAUCUAGUGUUAUAGUCAAAUUGGGUACUUUACAGUCAUGUCCUUUUUAACAGUUGUGCAGAAGCAGAGACGAUGCAGUCCGAUGCUCAAUCCUGACUGACAUCUACAGCAAAUAAAUCGUUGCAAUGAAUACUGUUGCAAUUAAUACUGCAGCUUCA